UACCGACACUGUAAGACGACUUGCUGUCUGAAAGGCGAUUGCGUCUUUGCGUCUUUGCGUCUUUGGGUUGCUAAACUGUUACUGUCAACAUGCAUUUGGAGAUUAUCGAGACAACUCGCUUAGGAAAACGCCACCAUCAUGGAUCAUGCACGAGACGCAGUCGGGUAAGCAUGUGACGGCUGAAAGUGGGACACCUGAACUUGGCAUCAGCUGGCUUUCAGCUCUUGCCAAUUCACACUUCGAUCUUUGUAAUCGGGCACGACUCUUUCUCCAUAGGCAGAUCUCGCGAAGCAAGAACGAUGAUGACAUGACGUCGCUAAAUACCGACCGGCUGCUGCAGCCUUACGCGUACCGUCCUCUAAGAUCUGGGCUAAACAACAUCCGACUCUUACAGAUUCUACCUGGGACAGGUAGUACAGAGAUAUUUUGUCAGGUUUUUCAGUACACUUUGAGAAUUGAGAAAGCCUUUGGACUCUAUGAGGCAUUGUCUUACGUCUGGGGCGAUGCAUCUGACCCCCAGCAGAUCUGGGUGAAGAAUGCGGAGGACGAACAUUACUGCACUUUCAUGGUCACUCGGAAUCUGUACGGUGCUCUUCAUCGGUUGCGAGACGCUGAUCUGCCACGAACAGUCUGGAUCGAUGCUGUUUGCAUCAAUCAAGAUAAUCUCGAAGAACGCGCAUCGCAGGUCCAGAUCAUGGCAAGAAUCUACGCAUAUGCAGUCAGUGUUACCGUAUGGCUCGGUGAAGAAGCGGACGAUAGCUCAAACGUGCUGAGCUUGUUGCGGCGCAUUGUAGCUCAGGAUCUCAAAUAUUCGUACAACUGGCGAGCAGUAGCGGAGUCCAUGCUUUCCCCUGCUGCUGACGCGAUCGUGGCGUUGUUGGGUCGAUCAUGGUUCCGAAGAGCCUGGGUUGUACAGGAAGCAGCAGUCGCUAGAGUUGUGUCAGUGACUUGUGGUGAUGCUGAAACUACCGGAGCGAUAUUCGCCUCUGGCAUGGAAUUAGCCUUCUCGCUGCUAAGAGAUAAAUUCAAACAGCAUGAGGCAAUCCCACCUGUCUUGAUGUUUAUGGAUCAAAGCAACGGGGCCUUCCCAUUACUACAAAAGUUGGCAGAUCUACAUACGACAAGUAUUAUACCGUCGUUCAACGUUCUCCCCCUCGGAGACUUGCUUAGAUUAUUCCAGAACCACGAGGCGACCGAUAAACGCGACAAAAUCUACGCUCUUCUGGGACUGAGCUCUGACAAUGAUGUCUCUCCUGAUCUACGACCGGACUACACAAAAGGCUGGAUGACUUUGUUCCGACAAAUCAUUGCACAUGUUCUAGGACCAGGGGCAGUUGCAUGCACCUGGGACGACAAAGAACACGCCGUGAUAUCUGAGAUAGGUAGCGUCAUGGGAACAAUCUCCAAGGGACUGGGAGGCAACCUGACUGUUGUUUCUCCUAUCUUUGGUAGCAACUCCGAAGUUGUGUACAGCUGGAGAGCAUCAUGGCGCGUAUCACAUGAUGCUGGUAGCGUGCAGCAUGGGGAUAUAUUGGUUUUCUUCCAAAACGCUCGCCGUCCAAGUCUCAUCCGACCAUGCGGCGAUCACUUCGACAUUGUCAUGAUAUCGCUUCCAGCGCCUCCUGUCGUCGUAGUCGAGCAAUCCCCUCGGAGUGAGAGUUGGGAAGAUCUGCACGUCCGGUGGGAAGAGUUUGCCCCGGGAGCGAGAAGAUCAAGCAGGAAAUUCGACCUUGUUUGGGACUGGACAGCCGAUCAUGAUCAAGAUUCGAAGGCUCACAAGGCUCUACUCAACUCGUGUGAAAAUCCUAGAUCAAGCGAAACAGAGAGACGGUUCAACACUGCACGCGUACUUGACGAUCUUCUUAGUUUUGCCCGCUUGGCUGCACUGCUUCGAGAACGGCCAGAUCCUUCCAAUUUUGGACCGAUGGAGAAACACUUUAUCUUACUCGACCACGUGUUAGCGAACUGGCCAGAAUAUCUUCAUAUGAAAGGAUACUUUGCUACCUUACACUGGUGUAUGUGGUCGUUGCACGCCCCCAUAAAUCUGGACUAUCUCUUGGACUAUUGGCACCACGCAGGACCUUUAACACCGGAUCUGUUUGAAAUAGUGGAGCUUGUAGAAGCCAAUGUCGGUCAUGUGGCGCGAUUGAAACCUGGAUACCGAUACACCUGCAUGCAAAUUGAGCCUUGGCAACACGUACUGUAUCCUUUGAUUUUUCCGACAUACUCCCUACCGAUGGCAUAUGACCAAGAAGCAACUGGUGUAGUAGGUACGAUCUCUCCGCACAAUAGUCUCUAUCUUAUGAGACUUGUGCUUGCAAGCCAAACGUCUUUCCAGAACCCGCCCGAGACAGUCCUCGAAAGAAUAUAUCACGAUCCUAUACUCGGCGACAAAUUCCAUUACAUUAUCUUGAUGCUCAUGGAACACCGCUUCACUCACCUCGACGUUGACUUCUAUGUGGAUCUUGCGACGCAACGGCUUGACGCAGAUGUACACCACGCUCUUCUCGGCGUCCUAUUUGUUGAGCUGGCCCACAACCCCGGAGCAACGUACUUCUUUCUCAACUCUUUGCUACAGUUACAACUUACCCACAGAGAGCAGGCACGACUGUGGAACGACGUGCUAAGAAACAAUAUGGAAACGCUCACCUUCCAUUUUCGCAACACGGUCCUAUGCAAGCUGGAGAUGGCCGCAUGGGGUAGUGCACGUGGUUUAACACAUUCUGUUCUCAGGGUUUUCGACGACUGCCUGAAGGGGAACAGUACAGAAUGGGAUUGGCCAGAGGCAUUGUCGCUACAUAAUACCGCAAGAUUAUACACAGUUGAGACCUUAGCGAGAUGGACACAGAAAGUGCUUCUGUAUGAGAUAGCGCGUCACAAUCAACGUAAGGAUGCGGCUCCGCGGAGACGUCAACGCAGGUACUCGAUUGCGGGCUCAGAUGUAUCGCAAAUUAGCUCUGAGGCAGCGCUCUCGUCUGUAGCUUGAAGUUUUGGGCAUUUACGACAACUUGCUGCAACCCCGAUCAUCAUAAUAUACAGCCUUUGCAUCAACUCAUUUGUGCGAAUACAAAUAUUGGUUGAGCAACUUGUGUGGACGCCUGAGGAUCAAUAUGUAGAGACCUCUUGAGAAU